AUGGCCCCACGAUCAUGCUCGUACGUCCGCUCAGUCAAGCUCAUCUAUCUCAAAUCCGCGUUCGAACAGCUCGCCGUCGACGUCGUACUCCCGGGCAAACCACUCAUUGUCGCCCCGGGGUCGCGGGUAGUAAGGAGUAGCGGGACGAGGGGGCGCCCAAGGCCUGGGCGCGGGAGGGGGAGGGGUAACGGGACGAGGGGGACGAGGGGGCUGCCUACGUGCCUCCAGGUCACGCGCGACUAUGUCGUAGUAGUCGCUUCGGGGUCGCGGACGAGGAUCAGGGCCUGGGUGAAGGGGAGGAGGACCAAUGGGUCGCUUAGGCCCCUUGCGUCCCGGCAGGUCACGCUCGACUAUCUCGUCGCUCCGGGCGCGGUUCGGGUGCGGAUGAGACGGACGAGGCCCAGAAUCGGCGUGUCGAGCUUGGCCGCUCGGCAAAUGCACGUCCGGACGGUCGCGAGACGCGAGGUCAUCGUAGUAGCCGCGGUCCACCAAUCCGUCCUGGAGCUCGCGCUCAAUUAUGGAGGCAUCCUCGGUCGCGCGACUGUUAUUGUAUGGGGCUCACAUGGUGACCGGGUGAGCGAGCGCGGGAGCAGCUGCCGCCGCCAAAAGGACAGCGGAGGCGAGCGUAGAGUAACGCAUGAUGUCGUGUAUGCACUGGGGUCGUUACGAUGGACUUCGGUGGAAGGAACGUGAGUCGUCAAA